AGUUAUCACCUACAUAAAUAAAGAGUUAAAAAAAACAAUCAAAAAGUGUUACAUAUUAUCUACUAAAAUCUUUACUAGUUUAUCGUCUAUGGAGAAGAUUAAUAGAAGAGCUGGCUAUAAUUGGGCCAUUGUAGCUUUGUUCACGGCCUUUGCAAUGAGCAUUGCUACUCAAUUUUACGUAGCGAAUGCCUCCGAUCCUUCUCCCCUUCAAGAUUUUUGUGUCGAGGCUCAUCAUCAUGACUUAAAUUCUGGAGUGUAUGUGAACGGGAAGUACUGUAAGAACGAGGAUUUGGUAACAACCAACGAUUUCGUGUACAAAGGGUUUGACAAACCUGGAGACACAAACAACACUCAAGGAGCAAAGGCCACGCUAAUCGAUAUCAACAAAUUCGCAGCCGUUAACACACUAGGGGUGUCCAUUGCUCGAGUAGAUUUCGGACCGUAUGGUCUAAACACUCCUCAUUUUCACCCUCUUGGCUCGGAGAUAUUCGCCGUGCUAGAGGGCACCCUAUAUGCUGGUUUCGUGACCACUAAGAACAAACUUUAUGACACGGUACUAAAAAAAGGUGACAUAAUUGUUUUUCCACAAGGUCUAAUUCACUUUCAACUAAAUCUUGGUAGAACAAAAGCUUUUGCCGUUGCCUCUUUUGGAAGCCAAAACCCUGGCCGAGUAAACAUUGCUGAUGGUGUGUUUGGAACAAGGCCGCGUAUUUUGGGUGAUGUUCUUACCAAAGGUUUUCAAGUGGAUGAGACCGUGAUUGAACGACUUCGAGCUCAGUUUAUGAGUAAGAACUUAUCAACCAACACCGGAAGAUCUAUUCUUAAGCUUUUGGCUCAAGAUUAUUUGGCUGAGGAUUCUUCGUACUAAUUAAUUUAUUAAAAUUAAAUUAAUUUCGUACGUAAUAUAAUCAAGAUUUAUGGUAGCUGGCUCUAAAUCACAAAUAAUCUUCUUAUCAAGAUAUAUGAUUUUACUUGGUUUCCAAAAAAAAAAAAAA